AUGCUGCGGAGCUUGGCCUUGCUGCUACCAGCCAACGCAGUGGAUUGGGGCAUAGCAGCAUGCCCACCCUUGCCAAAGGACAUCAGCGAUAUGGACAGCACACUGGACCUGAUGUCAUGCAUUCAUGGCAAACAACGAGAAGCUUCAACACACUUCUACAUUCGUCAAUGGUAUCGUCACAUCGAGGAGCUUAGCAUGAGAGCCUUCAGAUGCAAGCAAGACGAGCAGGUCCAGGCGGCAUUGCGCACUUUGGAGCUGGUUGACCGUGCGUUAUGCCUCGUGAAAUUCAAAGAUUGCCUGGAUCUUGAACACAGAUAUGACAAAGCGGUGGAGAAUGUGUGCGUGCAACUCGAAGCAGAUGCAUUUCUCAGCUGCGCAGCAUUGCAGGAUCUGCGACAACUACCGGUAGAUGUGUUUGAUACAUUGGAGAAGAGACUCAAGAAAUGCAAUCAAGUCAAAGACCUUUUUUGGGAGCACUUGGAACAAAGCCCACCAGGCAUCGUGUGGACAUUUGGAGCCCACCAUGCUCCAAAGUCGUGUGAGCCAGAUGGACCUGACCUGGCAUCAAACUUGAUUUGCAAUGGUUGGGCUGGAAUUCUGGUGGAAGGACACCCUUCACGUCGAGCAGUGCUUCAGAAUCUCUUCGGGCAUCGUCAUGAGUUGGUGAUCUUGUCACAACUGGCAAUGAGGGAUACCGUUGGAAGCGUUUUGGAGGAUGCCACCUGGAACAAUCCACAGCUCAGGAAUCAGGAGGUGGAUUUGCUGCAAAUCACAUUUGGAGCCAAUGAUUGCGAGAUCAUCCGUGGCAUUUUGGAACGGGGCUUCCGACCACGCUUUGUGCGUGCAAUUUUUUGGCAUCCUGUACCUCCCCCACUGGUUUAUCAGCCUCGUGUGCAUCGGCUUUUGGGAGACUGGUAUGAGGAUGCUUUUGAGGCAACAGGGGAAGGCUGCUCGCUGCAAGCAGUGGCAGAUUCAUUGACUGAUCACUACAUGUUUUGGGACUUUGAUGGUCGCGAUUGCGAGAAGGCCAACUUUGUGCGCAAGGACUUGAUGGACCUGUUGCCGACAGACCAAAUUUUCAAUGAAGCAGAGUUGGAUCUCCAAGCUCGUUGGGCUGCAAGGUUCAACAACACGGCGUGUUUCCUCAACAAUCAUGUGUUUGACACCUUGAUGGUGGACCCGCGGUUGAUGCAGGAUCCUGACGCUACGCCCUCAGAGAAGCGCUUGCUGUGGGAGCUUCACUUGAAGACGGUCCAAAGAACGGAUCAACUCUGGAUCAAAAAAGCAAGCGAUUGCUGGUGCAUGCUAGUGGAGGAACAUGGACAGCAGCACGGAAACUGUUGUAAGUUGCGUAACUAUUGA